AUAUAUAUGGUAGCUUAGCUUUGCAUAUUCAUAUUCAUAUUGGCGUUGGCAGUUGCAGAAUUUGGUUGGUAAUUUAAUAAAGAGAGAAAGGAAGAUGGAUAGCAGCCAAGUGGAAGUAGAAUCGUCAUCAACAACAGGAUUACUAUCAUCAUUUUCGUCGUCAUCAAGAAGCAGCAGUAGCAGUAGCAGUAGCAGAUACCAAGUGGAGCUGCCAGGGUUCAGAUUUCACCCGACAGAAGAAGAGCUGCUGAGCUUCUACCUCAAGACUAUGGUGGCCGGGCCCAAGAAACUCGUCCGCUGCUGCCGCAUCAUCGGCUUUCUCAACAUCUACAACUAUGAUCCCAGGGACCUCCCAGGGCUGGCCAAAAUUGGGGAAAGAGAAUGGUACUUCUUCGUGCCUCGGGACAGGAAACAUGGCAGCGGAGGGCGGCCCAACCGGACUACCCAAACCGGGUUCUGGAAGGCGACCGGGUCCGACCGCAAGAUACUCAGCCCCCCUUCUUCUUCGUCUUCUUCAGGCAAGAAGGGGCAGAAGAUCCUGGGGCUGAAGAAGACACUGGUGUUCUACCAUGGACGGGCGCCCCACGGAAGCAAGACUAAUUGGGUCAUGAAUGAGUACCGCCUGCCCCCAUCCCCAACGCCAGAUCAUCAGGGUCAUGAGGACAUAGUUCUGUGUAAAAUAUACAUGAAGGCAACCCCCCUCAAAGUGCUGGAGCAGAGGGCUGCUGCAUCUGUAAAUAUGGAAUUAGACGAAGAAGACGACGACGACAUGAUCAGCAGUGGCAGCCAGCAUCAGCUCAGGACGACGUCAUCAUCCUCAUACGCUCCAUCUCCGUCCACUAAUACCAUCGUCGUCACCAACAACAACAUCCAUCAAACCCCUCCUCCUCCUCCUCAUAUCAUCAACAGCAACAACAGUAACAUCAACAUGCAGCUGCAGGUGAUGGGGUUAUUGAAGACAGAAGAAGAUUAUUUAGAAAGCCAAUUAGGCACCGACACGGCCAUGCUCACAAUCACAAAUCAGUUGUUCGACGAUGACGACGACGACGACUACCAAUUACUAUAUAAUAAUAAAAUUAAUAAUUGUGAGGCCGCCGCGGCAGCUGGUGAUGAUGAGAGGCGGAUAUGCAUGCUUCCGGCAGCUGCUGCUGGUGGUGGUGGUGGUGGUGGGAAACAGAAUUUGACGACGGAUGUGCCCAAUAAGCAGAUGAUGAAUAACAAUAAUAAUGCAGUAGAGUAUUGUAUAGCCGACUCUUUCUGGACACAAAUACUCAGCCCACCCUCCUGCAGCUUCGACAACAACUUCACCCACCUCCCAAUGUGCUAGCUACCUAAUUAAUUAUAAUAAUAAUAAUUCUAAAUGUGUGUAAUGCAAGAAUUUGCCUGUUUUUAUGUUUGUACGUAUGUCUGCCUGUCUGUAUAUUACCUACUAGUAUUAUCUAUCUACAAUGGCAUUUCAUU